ACCCAGCCCACUCACUUACCGGCGUCCCGUGGCGAUGGAGGAAGAGAAGGCGGCGGCGUACUACGACGAGCUCAACCGCAAGGGCGAGGGCGCCCGCCGCUUCAAGCAGGGACUCGGCUUCUCCUCCGGCGACCCCCAACCUGCCUUCUCCUCCAAGACUACCAACACCUCCUCCUCUUCUUUCCUCUCCGGCUUCGUCCGCGCGGGAGCCAACCCGGCCCAACUCCCCAACCCCACCAAGCCGCAUCCACCUCGCGAGGCCCCAUCCCGCCACCGACGUCGCUCCCCAUCCCCGUCCAGGCCUCGACCCGGGUCGAGAUCCCCGUCUCGCUCGUGGCGGCGCCGGUCCAGGUCGAGGGAGAGGGGGGACCGCAGGGCAUCGCACCACCGGUCUCGGUCGAGGUCGCCCUCUCGCCGGAGUGGCAGGAGCUCUAACGCGCGGGACAGGCAUGGGGAUCGGCGUCGCGACGAUGGCGGCAGCGGCGGCCGUGAGAGCUCCAAGGUGCGCGGUGGUAAGGACGGCGGUAAAGUGGACUACUCGCGGCACAUUGACGGAUAUGAUAAAAUGACCCCUGCUGAGAGAGUGAAAGCAAAGAUGAAGCUUCAGCUUUCAGAGACAGCUUCGAAAGAUUCCACCCUUGGAAAUGCCACUGUGGGGUGGGAAAGGUUUGAAUUCAACAAGGAUGCUCCACUUGAUGAAGAUGAUGCUGAUGUUGAAGCUGCUCAUGAUGAUGCUUCACUGGUUAAGCACAUUGGGAAGAGCUUCCGACUUUCUGCUGUGGAGUCGAAGCAUGAAAAUCUAGUCAGAGAUGCGCAUGACGAGGCUAUGUUUGGUGUACCUAUGUCUUCGAUUGUUGGUACUGAAGCUUCUGAGGAUGAGCUUAAGACCAAUUAUGAGGCCAAGAAAGCUGAAGAUGUUGAAACUCAACCUAGCAGUUCCCUUAUUAGCGAUAAAGUUCUGGCAAUGCAAAAGGUGUCAUGGAGAGAAAGGAUUCAGAAGCUGCGGCAGAGUUCAGAUACAUGAAGUUAGUCCUUGCUGAAGUGUUCAAUAUUGUAUAUUUCCACAUAUGCUGUUCUCAGUUUUGACUUGCCAUGAUGUGAUGGUCGUCAAGAAGGAAGUCUGAAAUAUUUAAUGAGCAGUGAUACCUGAAGUUGAAUUCUCAGACAUGUAUGUAUCUGUUGUAACAUUUGGGGCCACUCUAUUCAGGUAAUCAGGUAUACGAAUGGCCUUGAGGAUUAUAUCCAGGAUAAUGGUUGCAGAACUAAGUUGAUGCAAGAUCAGCCGAGCAAGUUGAUGUCCGCAAGUUACAUCAU